AUGGUCAGUCAUAGUUCGACAGCCAAUGGUGAGUGCGCUCUGGUUGGACUUGCCUCUGCCUCUCCAGUCCCUUCUCGUGCUGCUGUCCUCUGCGUGAACGCGCGUGGUACCCAACGCUCGUGAAGAGGAGGAGGAUGUGGCGCGCGGAGGGGAAAUGGCUGCCGAAAACAAGCCGGAAGGACUGAAGAAAAUCCGUAAUCCGGAUCGAAUGUACAGAUCAGCUGUGUGUUAUUCGGCCCAUGCUCCUCCUAAGAGUGUCAGUGAUGACACAGAGACGAACAAUGAACAUGGACAUUUGAAAAUAUACCUGCCCAAAAAGCUGCUUGAAUGUCUACCAAAAUGCUCCACAUUGCCAAAAGAGAGACACAGGUGGAACACCAAUGAGGAAAUUGCAGCAUACUUGAUUACAUUUGAAAAGCAUGAAGAAUGGUUGACAACAUCCCCUAAAACAAGGCCACAGAAUGGGUCGAUGAUCCUCUACAAUAGGAAGAAGGUGAAGUACAGAAAGGACGGCUACUGCUGGAAAAAAAGGAAAGAUGGGAAGACCACGCGGGAGGAUCACAUGAAGCUCAAAGUACAGGGAGUGGAGUGUCUGUACGGCUGUUACGUCCACUCCUCCAUCAUCCCCACCUUCCACCGCAGGUGCUACUGGCUUUUACAGAACCCAGACAUUGUGCUGGUCCACUACCUGAAUGUGCCAGCUAUCGAGGAUUGUGGGAAGCCGUGUGGGCCCAUCCUGUGCUCCAUCAAUACAGACAAGAAAGAAUGGGCCAAAUGGACAAAGGAGGAACUCAUUGGCCAACUGAAACCCAUGUUUCAUGGCAUCAAGUGGACUUGCAGCAAUGGGAACAGCAGCUCUGGCUUCUCUGUGGAGCAGCUGGUGCAGCAGAUACUGGACAGCCACCAGACCAAGCCUCCUCCCCGGACUCACAACUGCCUCUGCACUGGCACUCUGGGUGCUGGAAGCAGUGUGCAUCAUAAAUGUAACAGCGCCAAACACCGCAUAAUCUCUCCCAAAGUGGACCCUCGCUCAGGAGGCUAUAGCAGCACCCACUCUGAGCUCCAGAAUAAUGAUGUGUCGGAGGGUAAGACAGAGCACAGCCACAGCAGCAAGAACAGCGGAGGAACAGGAGGAGGGAGCGUGCGUGAGAAACGCAACGGCAAGGUCCACAAACCCGUCCUGCUGCACCAGAACAGCACUGAGGUGUCCUCCACCAAUCAGGUGGAAGUGCCAGACACAACCCAGAAUUCCCCUGUGUCCAUCAGCAGCGGGCUGAACUCGGACCCCGACAUGGCUGACAGCCCGGCGGUCACGGGCAUGGGCCACGUUGCCUCUGUCAUGAGCAGCCUAUCCCAGAGUGUUUUCAUGUCUGAGGUGACUGGGGAUUCCGUCUACAGCAUGUCCCCCACCGGAGGCCCCAACGCACAUAUUAUGGCCGAUGCCACCUCUCAUGGUCUGGUCUUGGGAGUCCCCUCUGACAGCCACAAAUUUGCCUUUCCAGGAAGUGGGAGCGCAGAUGCAGGCGGUCCUGGAGCAGACGGGCUAUCCAUGCUGUCUGCCUCUGGCAUCUCUGAUGAACUUGUCCUCUCCAGCAGCCUAGACUCUGGCAGCAUUAAAAUCCCUGAAACCACCAUGAACUUCGACCCUGACUGCUUCCUGAAUAACCCUAAGCAGGGCCAGACAUAUGGAGGAAGUGGAUUAAAGCAGGAGAAUGGCACAUGCAGUGCCUCGUCCUCCUCAACAGCUAACACCAACGGUUUGCAACGCUCGCCAACUAUAUCGGAUUCAAACUACGUCUUCAGUUCUGCCCUGGUGAAGAACAUCAAGACUGAGGACACGUCCUUUGAACAACAGCUGGCCAAAGAAGGGAGCUACCAGGUGGGGGCAGUCGUAAGCUGCAGCGUUUCCAAUGGCUCCGGCGCCGAGAACUCACUCACCUUGACCCCUGCUUCCUCGCUGCUACCAUCUGGAGGGGGCCUGAGUCCGAGCACCACCCUGGAGCAGAUGGAUUUCAGCGCCAUCGAUGCAAAGCAGGACUACUCCACCGGUGCCUCUGCUGUAGGUUACAGCCAGGCAAUGAACAACCUAACUCACCAGAACCAAUCUCCAAGCUUCUUCCUUCAAGAACCACCGCAGCCAGCCCAGAACCAGCAAGGCCGGCAGAGCUCCAGCCAGAAGGGCCACUUGCUGGAGCAUAACUCCCCUGAUGGAGGCUACAUGGGUCUGCAGGUUGUAAAGACGGAGUCGCCCGGCAGUAAUGGCCACCUCCACCACCAUCACACCCACCAGGGCCAGCACAGACCCAACUGCAAUGGAGGCUCACCCACUGAGGCCCAGGGACAGGCUGGCUCACUGCAGCUCCUCCAGUACCAGGGAAGCUUUCCAGGCCUUGGUCCAGAGCACGAGGAUGUGGUCGGUAUGGAUCAGAGUCGCAGUGUUGGGUCCGGUCAGGCUGGGGCCACUGAGAAUGGGACAGAUGGCUUACUAAAGUCUGGGGAUCAUCUACAAUCCUGCAGAGGAGGAAACAGAGAUAGCGGAGGAGCAGAUCACUUCAUGCAGCAGAGCUCUGAGAAUGGAGGCGAAGCCGUGGCUUUGAGGAAUGGAAACACCGCUAGCGGGCCCAACAACGGCUCGCAACAGCAACUCCAACCACUGAUUCAGGGAGCUAAUUUGGUUCAGGGGCUCUACAACACUAACCACGGGCUCAGUGGACCCGGAGCCAACGGCGGAGGAGGCACAGGCAUGGAAAUCAGCUUGGAUCAUUUUGACAUCUCCUUUGGAAACCAGUUUUCUGACCUCAUCAACGACUUCAUCUCUGUAGACGGCGGAGCCACGGCUGUGGGGGCUGCGGGAACGUUAUACACCCACCAGUUGGUGGCCCCUCCUGGGUCAGAUGGAACAGCCACCUCAGGUGGGAACCAACAGCAAGGUCAAGAGAAUACAAGCAACAGAGUGUCAGGAUACAGCCCCUCAGAGCUCUGCCUCCAGUCAUGCUGCAGCCCCCAGUCUUUAGGUGGAGGUGCUGGUGCUGGCGGAGGCUCAGGAGAGACAGGAUCACUGGCCUACAUGCAUGUCGCUGAAGUAGUGUCAGCUGCGGUGGCCCAGGGCACUCUGGGAAUGUUGCAGGCCACCGGGCGACUUUUCAUGGUCACAGACUACUCUCCAGAGUGGUCCUACCCAGAGGGUGGCGUGAAGGUCUUAAUCACAGGAUCAUGGCAGGAAGACAACAGCAGCUACUCCUGCCUGUUUGAUCAGAUCUCUGUCCCUGCCUCCCUCAUCCAACCUGGAGUUUUACGUUGCUACUGUCCUGCCCAUGACACAGGCCUGGUGACUCUGCAGGUGGCUGUCAGUAAUCAAAUCAUCUCUAACUCGGUUGUGUUUGAGUAUAAAGCCCGUGCACUGCCCUCCCUACCUUCAUCCCAGCAUGACUGGCUGUCACUUGACGAUAACCAGUUCAGAAUGUCCAUCCUGGAGCGGCUGGAACAGAUGGAGCGCAGGAUGGCUGAGAUGGCUGGUCAGCAGCAGCAGGGCAGUGGAGGAACAGCGGGGUCUGGAGGAGGAGGAGGAGGGGGGAACGGAGGCGCUAAUAGCCAGUCUCAGUGUAUCUCGGGACAGGCAGGAAGCUCUUUUGAGAGUCGUGUGGUGGUUGUUUGUGAGAAGAUGAUGAACAGGGCCUGCUGGGCCAAAUCCAAACACCUGAUUCACUCAAAGACCUUUCGGGGCAUGACCUUGCUACACCUUGCGGCAGGCCAAGGCUACGCCACCCUCAUCCAGACUCUCAUCAAAUGGCGCACGAAGCAUGCAGACAGCAUUGAUCUGGAACUUGAGGUGGACCCUCUCAACGUGGAUCACUUCUCUUGCACUCCACUGAUGUGGGCUUGUGCUUUGGGUCAUCUGGAGGCAGCAGUGGUCUUGUACAAGUGGGACCGGAGAGCAUUAGCAAUCCCAGACUCUCUAGGCCGCCUGCCCCUCUCCAUCGCCCGCUCCCGUGGUCACACCAAGCUGGCGGAGUGUCUGGAGCAGCUCCAGAGGGAGGAACAGCAGCAGCAGACCCCGUCCUCCUUGCCCCCUACCUCCAGCAUGUCUUUCUCUCCAAACCCUGACAUCCCCACCUCCAACAGCUGGAUGGUCAGCUGGGCCAGCGACAGUAUGGUGACCCCCAGUGGGCAAAACACUGGUACUACCACCACUACUACAACACCUUGCACCAACCAGAACCCUGAUUUGAGAAGACCAAGAUCAGAGCCCUCCAGCUACUACAGCAACGAGUGCCAGCGGGAAAUCCCCCUCGCCAAGAAACACAAGCCCAACCCAGAGCUUGUGCAAGCACAGCUGGAAAAGCCCAUGUCGGUUCCCUUGAACAUGGAGCAGCAGACACAUAAACUGUCAACCAGCCCUAAGACCCUCGUCUCCACCCCAUCCAGCCCAGAUAAGAGCGUCUCUGAGGAGGGUUUAGGGACAGGGGGCAUCCCACAAGCCAGGAUGGCCUCUUUCCGUGGAGGGCAUAAAUGGGCCACUAGAGAGGUGCUCAGGAAGGGAGGCAUCAGCGGCGUAGGGAAGGAGAAGUUGGCCAGCCGAUUACGACAGCGCGGCGAACCCCUCAGCAUGCUGGGAAUCGUGGAGAGGGAGAUUGUAGACACAGAGAUGCUUUCUUACAAGGAGGAUCUAGAGAACCAGGACUGCCUCUCUCACAUGGAGGAUCUGCAGGCGAAUAUGAUGAGCCUGGCGGAGCACAUCAUUGAGGCCACUCCGGAGCGCAUCAAGCGGGAACAUUUUCCAACCGUGGAGUCUGUUCCUCUGGACAACAGUGGCCUCACCAACACCAUGAGCUGGCUGGCCAGUUACCUGGGAGACGUGGAACACCUGCCCAGCAUCAUCCACUUGAGUCCCAUAUACAGUGAACCCCUGACCCCUCCCUCCAACCCUAGCCUGAGCCCGGGUAACUCGCCCAUGCGUGAGGGCCCGUUUGAGAAGCCGACCUUGCCCGCCCCAGCCGAGUGGAGUGAGUUUCUCAGAGCCUCCAACAGCAAAGUGGAAAGAGAGCUAGCCCAGCUCACAUUGUCGGACCCCGAGCAGAGGGAGCUCUAUGAAGCCGCACGGCUGGUGCAGACCGCUUUCCGCAAGUACAAGGGACGCCCACUGCGCGAGCAACAGGAAGUAGCCACCGCUGUCAUUCAGCGCUGUUACAGGAAGUACAAGCAGCUAACAUGGAUAGCCUUGAAGUAUGCACUUUAUAAGAAGAUGACGCAGGCCGCCAUCCUUAUCCAGAGUAAGUUCCGCAGCUACCACGAGCAGAAGAAGUUCCAGCAGAGCCGGCGGGCAGCCGUGCUGAUCCAGCAGUGUUACCGCAGCUACAGGGAGUUUGGCCGUCUGAGACCCCACCGCAGAGCAGCCACCGCGGCACUGGUCCAGCACAAACUCAGAAGCAGUCUUCUCACUAAGAGGCAAGAUCAGGCCGCCCGCAAGAUCAUGAAGUUCCUCCGCCGCUGCCGCCACAGCCCCUUGAUGGACCAUAGACUAUUCAAGCGGAGUGAGAGAAUUGAGAAAGGCCAGGGAACAUGAGAGCGUCCAGAAGAGCCCCCUCACAAUGUGACAUUACUCUCCAGACUCUUCCUUUCAGUUUUUCUGUUUCAACCAGAGACGUUUUACAAGAGGAAAAAAAAUAGCAAGAACACUGCAACUCUUACUACUACUGUAUGACUGAUACUUCGGCUACUAAACAACUGCGUUUUUUUCAUAUCUCUUUAUUCCUUCUACGUUUCUUUUAUGAAGAAAAGAGGCAACUGCUUUUGAUCAAAACAAACUCAAAGGACGUUGUUUUAGGAGGAAGAACAUUUGCUUCGUGGCAUUUUUUGCACUUUUUAAUGGAUUGAUUUGUCAUUUUGGAUGAGCAUUGAAAGGUUUCGUUUGAAAAUGGAUGAUUGGAAGUCAUGCUCUUCAGUGGCUCGUAAAGAAAAGAGAAACGAAAAGAGAAAGAUGGUAACAAAAUAUGGCGUCGACACAGAAACAUGGCCGGACCUGUUCCGAGUGUAUUUCGUAGUUUUCGAAAAAGAUGACAAGAUGUGUUUGGAGGGUAAAAUUGUUACCAAAAAUGAUGUAUAAUUCAUGAAUUAGUUUUUGUACAGCCAGACGAAUUCAUCAGAAACUUCUUCCAGCCUGUCCCUUACAGUUGCCCGUCUUCUCUUGGCUACAAGGGGACCGGGUUGCUAAUGAAUGUAAGAGGUAAAUGCGCAGGCUUGGGUGAUGUCAUGCUGAUUUUAUUUUGCCAACAAGGAGUACAUACAAUUUUAAUCGACAACUAUUUUCAGAUCGAUGAUACUCGGCGACACACGUCAGCGAGACAACGGAUAGCUCCAGGCAGAUCUUGAAACUAGGCCUCAGUCUUUUGGUUAGUGUUGUUUUCAACUCCAUUCAUGCACUGGAGACACCAAAUGUCAUCACCUCUGCCCAUCGUUUACUAUUGGCAAGUUUGUAAUAUGUUUUCUUUUGUUAAUCCAAUGUUAAAUAGUCAUUGGCGAAGCAUUUGUUUCGGUUGAAAAUCAACUUCCGGGGUUUUCUAAAGCUGUUUCAAGAGAAAGUUACAUACAUUGCCUUGAUAUCUUUGACAUACUUUGUCAAGGGUCUCCGCACCCGGGGUUUCGACAAAUCCAUAUUUUUGACAAUUGAGCGGUUCCUGUACAUAAAGAAGGCUGCCAGUACGCAAAGUUAAACAUUUACCUAAGCAGGAUUGUAUUUUAGAAAUAUAUUAUUUUCCUCAUUGAAAGGGAUCAAAACAGAUUCGCAUUCAAAUCUAAAUAUUUGUAUAGUUUUGUUUGAAUGCCUAAGAAGUAUGGUUGUAUCGUUUGUACAUAGUGUAAAUACCUGGGAUAAAGUCAAGCUACUGUAUGUGCAUGACAAAAACGAACAAAGAUACAAAAAAAAAAGAGUUCAAAAGCAUUAGUGGCUAUGCUCUGUAAAACUAUUUCACUAUAAGAGUAUUUUAUUUUACUUUGAAUGUUCUUGAGAAGAACAUUUUGCUAAAGCAUGACGUUCCUGCAAUUAUGAAAAAUUCUAUUUAUGAGGUAGGAGAAAAGGCAAAAUGAUCAUUCGGUUAUGUUUACAUCUGUUUGUUUUUUCGGGGCUACCAAGAAUCUUUUUGCCAACGGUGCCAAGUAAUGUGAAUGCUACUGCUUAAAGGAAGUAAAUCAUUGCUGAACAGAUAAUCACAUGGAAAAAAAAACGUGAUCAGAUUCACUUGCAUUCAAUAUGCAUAACCCAUGAACACAGUCAAGAAUGAUGGUGUAUUUCAGGAAGGAUCUUUAAGUGUAUCACAUAUCCGAUUUGGUUCAUUUGUAUGUUUGUUUUGUGUUUCAUAAGCCCAAAUACUUUUGUAUUAUGUAAAAUGUGCUUUUCUGUUAUGACUGCAGAGGUAGUUGACCUUAUGGCAGCAUUAUGCCGUUUUAAGUGUCUAGUUCAAGAAGAUGUGCAAGAAUCCCUGUGAGUUGACAGUAAAGACACACUGUAGAAGCUUAAAUAUUGACACAACCUCUUUAGAGAUCCACACUGACUAAAAGAUUAGGUUAUCUGUUAUGCAUGUGAACGGGACUCUUUCGGUGCUAAAACGUUGGCGUCAAGGGCCUGAUGAUAGACCUCCAAAGAUCAACCAAUGUCACCAGGGACGUAACUUUCAACAGCAGGUGUCGCCAUGGCAUGUGAAAACGAUUUCUAAUGCACUAAAAUGUGUAUAUUUUAGUUCCCCCCUCAUGUCAUAUUUUGUAUUUGCGUCUGAUAUGUACAUGUUUUCUUCAGCGUGCUUAUGUUGGAAGUGCCUGAUCAUAUUCGAAAUCCAGCGAGCCGUGUCAGUCAGUCUGCAUGUGAGGUUUGCAAGGGACUGGCAUUAGUCGGUUGUUUUUUUUUUUAUUUUCCUUUGUCUGUACCUUCUCCAUGUAUUUCAUUUUUAACGCACCAGGAAUUUAUGGCUUCGUCAUAACUCACGUCCUCUAUUGGAACUGCCAGAUGAACCCGCGAGGACUGCAGAUUUCAGUCCGGCUGGUUCUUGCCUUGCAUUCAUCAUUCCGGUAGCAGUUUAGGUUGUCAGCUGAUGCACUGCGGUGGCAACUCGAGUCUUAUUAUGCUUGCAUGGGUAACAUAGAUAACCGGGUUGCUGAAACGGCACCCAAAGCAUGCUUAUUUUUGUAGAUUUGGUAGUCGGGUAGACUUGUUGAAGAAAUACUGUUCUGUAAAGCAGCUGGUUUCACGGGUUGCAGAACUUCAAACAGACCGAUGGCUACGAAACGUACACAAAAGUCAAAACAGCUGGCAAGUUGUCCGUAGCCUACUCAUAUUUACAGGGGCAGCAUGAGUCUUUUUUCUUUUUUUAUCAAAUAGAAUUUGGCUUCCAGUUUCGUUUUAAAUGGCAUCGAAUUCAGUUUCACUCCACUUUCCAUUCACAUUACCAUUUCUUAGAUGACUCCGCAACAGAAACAGGUUAAAGAGAAAAAAAAAAAACGUGUGUACCUCAUACAAAAACACGCGCCACAGAACUGUGUCCAUAUCCACGUUAAAGUGUCCACGGCACUAGUGCAGUCGAAACCUCGGCGGGUUCACUUUUGUAUCUUAACUCAGGUGCCAAACUGGAGAGAAGGGGAAGUAGAGCAGGUCACUUGAGAAUUAGUUGCUGCUUAUUGGGAAACGAGCCACACUGUCCUGAUCAAAUUACUGUGAUUCUGAACAUGUCAUGCUGUUCACCUUUUUUUAAACCAACUAUGUGAGCUGAGUUGGCGUACCUUGGGUCCCCAAAAACCGAUUUGUCAAAAGAGCCGCUCUGACUGGUGUUGUAUAAGAGUGAUCAAGCCCGUUGGAAUGGAGCAGGUCUGCACGAAUGCGUCUGAUGCUUGUGUAAAUACGCAUGGAUGUUUCAGUUCAAUGCAGCUUCUCCGGAUAUACUGAAUCACAAUGGUGAAAAAGUGCUGCUCAGAUCCAUUCAUCAUCACGUUAUCAUAGCCAUGUAGUUUCUAAACGCCGGACUAUAACCUCACCUGGUCGCAUACGGGUUCAUUUUGACAACUCUGCUUCAGCUUUAACGGUAUCACAGCUCAGCCCACAGAAGAUACCUCAUCAUCAUCAUCACUUUUGUUUGUCGCGUCACCAACUUUCCUGCGCAUGCAUUCUUUAGAAAAGGGAAACCAAUAUCCCACCUUUCAUGGACACAGAGCAAUAAGCAGUUCCUGAAGUGAAGACCUGUAGACCUAAUAAUGGGGACCGCGAUCUGUUGUUGGACACACGUAGCUGACUAACUCUUAUGCAAAUGCCAGUAUUGUGAGAUUAGAAUGCAGUAGUUUAAGGACAGUGCUUAUACGACACCCUUCAUGGAGCUGCACGUUUUCAUCCCUUUCAAACCCAGAAAAUAACGGCCCUGUCUUUAUUACAAGCUACACUUGGGGCUCUCUACACUUUGCAUGUUAAACUAGUGUUAGAUCUACUUUUCCUCUCCUCUCUCUAGCUGUCUUUCUCUGUCUUUCCCGAUUAUGUAUCCCUCUCCCUUCCUGCCCCUUAUUUUGUUUUCUUCUUCUUCUUUUUUUAAAUGUCUUAGUUUUUCUUCCUUCUCCCUGGUUUGAGCAAUUUAUUUUUGUAAUUGUGCAUGUUAAAGAGUCACUGAAUCGAUGGAUAUGUUAAAAAAGAGAAUUCAGCUGCUGAAGCCAUGCAAAAUGUUUUGAAUUGCCCUUAAAUAAUGAAAGAUGUUUUCUGAAUGCUUUAUAUUCUCUCUGCUGUAAAAUAAUAAAAGGGGAAAAACUUAAAAAGUU